AUGCCCGGUGUGUUUCGUCAUUCAUCAGAGGUUCAGUGCCAAGGGUAUCGUCAGCUCACGUUCUACGAUAAGGUUAAAGGUGGACGUGUCAUCCUUAUCCUUGCGCCACAAGGCGGUCGAAGUCGUCGGAGCAAAGCGUUCCUCCAGGUAGAUGUGAAAUCAUACAAAGGCGAGCGCGAUAGAGCAGUCAGUGGUAAGAAACGAACAAUGGAGGGUUAA